UCAGAGAAGCUCAAAGCCCGUUGACAUUGUACACAGAUCGAAUCAGAUUCAGGGUAUGUAAUCAUAUAAGUUCACCAUUAUCGUUUGCUGGGCAUUGAAGAAAAUUGUUCAUUAUUUAAAGAGAAAGCAUAAAAGCAUUCAAAAACUAUCCAGAAAUAGAAAGAAAGAAGAUAAAUUUAAGUGCUGUGUGGAGGGAGAAACACAAAGAAAAAUUAUGGAUCCAAAUGUGGAAGUGCCAUCUUAUUUUAGAUGCCCAAUAUCUAUGGAGCUGAUGAGAGAUCCUGUAACAAUUUCUACAGGAAUGACAUAUGACAGGGAGAGUAUUGAGCACUGGUUUUACACAUGCAACAAGAAGACGUGCCCUGCAACCAUGCAAGAAAUCCAGAAUUUCGACAUGACACCCAAUCAUACACUGCGCCGCCUAAUUCAGGGGUGGUGUGUGGCAAACAGCUCAAAAGGGGUGGAUAGAAUUCCAACUCCAAGGCCUCCUGUUGAUUCUCUGCAAGUUUCAGAUCUAUUACAACAGGCAGCCAGAUCAAAUCCUUUUCAGGCCAUUCAAGCGCUCAAGAAGCUUAACUUGCUUAUUAGGGAGAGCCAGAGGAAUAGAAGAUGCAUUGAGGCAGCUGGACCAGGACCCAUUCUCAUACCUCUUCUUGCUAAGUGGUGCCCAGAAGAGAUUGAGAGUGAAAAUUCUAAAAUCUGUGAGGAAGCUUUGGGGAUUCUCCAUCUGAUCCUUCUAUCACAGGAUUCUGCAAGGUUGGUAUCUGAGCCCAGGGCCAUGAGAUCCCUAGGGUUGAUUCUACAACGUGGAAAUAGCCACGCAAGAUUGCAUGCGGCCAUGCUAUUGCAGAACGUUGCGGUGCAGAGGGUUGAUUGGGAAGUGAUUGUUAGGCAGAAUAUUAAUGUUUUGCAUGGGUUGGUGGAGAUGUUGAGAGAAGAGUUUUCUCACCAGGUGACUUUGUCUGCAUUGGAUGCUUUGAAGGCCAUGUGUAAGUUCUCUAGAAGGAAUAAGCUUAGGGCUGUAGAUGCUGGUCUAGUGUUUGUUUUGAUCCAGCUUCUGCCUGAGGCUGAGGGGCCCAAAGCUGAGAAAAUCCUGGAUCUUUUAGAUAAGGUGAUUGAUUGUGCUGAAGGAAGGGCUGCCAUGGCAGAUCAUGCCAUGGGUAUUGCUGCUGUUUCAAAGAAAAUGAUGAGGGUUUCUGAAUUUGGGAGGAGUAAAGCUGUUCGAAUUCUCUGGUCGCUCUGUAGUUUUGCACCCAUUGCUUCUAUUCUGAGGGACAUGAUUCAGUUUGGAGGUGUGUCAAAGCUUUGCCUUGUGCUCCAGAUGGAGGGAGGGGCUAAGAGCAAGCAGAAGGCCAAAGAGGUACUCAAAUUGCAUGCAAAGAGCUGGUUCAACUCUCCUUGCUUUCCUUUGCAUUUAAGGAAUUAUGUUUCCAUGUGAUCACUCAUGUUAGAACAAUCUGGCUAUGUUGAACACGGUUAGGAAACUGAAAGUUAGGGUUUCAUCUGCCUUUUUUUUAUAAAAACAAUUGGUUUCUCAGAAAAAGGAUCUAACUGUUUGUUUGACAAUUUCUGUGAUAAAUCAGUAUCACUAUACCAAUUAUUUGACAACUCUGUGAGACAUUUAUUGUGAUCAACUGGUCUCAGUGCUAUGGUGCUAAAUGUUGUAUAGGAAGGAAUUAGAGACAGUUGAUUUUGAGUGAACUAGUGGGCUCUUGGCAUACAAUUUGAUAAAUUGUAAAUACUUAUUCAAAUCAAUGUUUAUGAAGGAUAUUGAUAUUCUCUCAGCAUUUUAAAUUAAAUUUGUUUA